CCAAAGGCAUUAAUAUCUCUCUCUCUCCUUCGUUGGCUACAGAAAGCUAAGAGAUGGAAAGCUUCUGCACUCCCACCCACUCAUUCCCACAAUCAUAACACCACCCCACCCCACCUCACCCCACCUUUAUUUUCUUUCCCUGUAAUCAAAAACCAAAAACCACUAUUCCUUUCCAUCCCAAUUGAUUCCCACUUCCCACCUUCACACUCUCUUUCUCUCUCUCUCUCUCUUAAUUUUCCCCAUCCCCUUCCUCCCCCGACCAGACUAGUCCUUUCAGGUUUUUGUAUCUUUCUCCCCUCUCCAAAACCAAUAUAUUAGUAUUUUUUGUUUGUCUUUCUUCCUGCUUCUCUUCAAUUUUCGGUUAUAUUUUUCCUUGAUCUGGGGAUAUCAUAUAGUCUCAAAUUAAGCAGAAAAAAAAUGUCAGUGGAUUUGGCAUCAGAACGUGUGUGUUAUCUUCACUGCAACUUCUGCAACACCACUUUAGCGGUAAGUGUUCCAUGCAGCAGCAUGUUCAACAUUGUAACAGUUAGAUGUGGGCAUUGUGCCAAUUUGCUGACUGUAAACACAGGAUCUUUACUUCAAGCUGCUCCUCUCCAAGAUGCCGAGAAACAGCAGAUAAACUGUCAAGAUUCAAUUGAAUUUGGCUCUUCUUCCAAAUGCAACAGGUUUUCUGGAUUGGAGUCAGCAGAGCACAAUAACAUCACCAGAAUGCCUCCCAUUCGCCCACCAGAGAAGAGGCAACGUGUUCCUUCCGCAUAUAACAGGUUUAUUAAGGAGGAAAUCCAGAGGAUUAAGGCUAGUAAUCCUGACAUCAGCCACAGGGAAGCCUUCAGCACAGCAGCAAAAAAUUGGGCACAUUUCCCCCAUAUUCACUUUGGGCUAAAGCUGGAUGACAAUAACAAGCAACCAAAACUGGACCAGCCAUUUGCUGAAGGCACUCAAAAGUCGAAUGGGUACUACUAAAACCCCACUCAUGCAUAGAUCAGUACUACUUUCUCUAUGUGUAAGAAGAAAUGAGGUGCAUAAAAGUCUCCUAACCCAACAGGAUGACCUUUCCUUCACAACCUCACCAAAAUACUACCUAUAUAUACUAAGUGUGCCCUAAUCAACUCUUUAUUUAAACAGUUUUCUUCAUUUAUGUGAAAACAGUUUCACUUAUGCAAUAACAUUUCAUGGAAUAAUUUGCAUAUAUAGCA